CUACUUACCUGUAAGUUCUCCUUCAUGGAGGGUUUAACACUUAGCCGUCAGUUUGUUUACUCAGACGAUCUUUCAGUUCUCUCUCUUUUUCUUUCUGCCGCCGACCGAGUACCGCUUCCGCCGCUAGGACAGGCUUUUGUUUUGCGAGAGAUGAGUUUAAUAUCUCAAAAUGUUAUCCGUAAGGCUAAGAGGGAGAAGAAUGUUCCACCUUUGUAUUCACAAGAGAGUGAAGACGCUAAUAAUGGAAAAGAAUCUGACAUGGAUACGUUAAAGAUCAAAAAGAGAAAAAAAGUACUGAAAGAAGAGGAUGAGAAAGUGGUGGUUGAGCAAGAAAGGGAAAUGAAGAAGCUUGAGAGCGUUUUGUUUGGAUCCCUUUAUUCGCCAGCUGGGUUUGGGAAGGAUGAUGAGGAAGAAGCCCAAGCUGGGUUUGACAAAGGGUCUGCUUUGUACUUUGUGGACCGCUCUGCAAAUAAGGCCCUCACUGUUUGUGAUGAGGUUGAUGAAGUAUUGGCAGAAACUUCUGAUGAGGAGGAAGGUUUGAAGGUAAGGAAACCUGUAUGGGUUGAUGAGGAAGAGCAGAGGGCCAAGAUUAAUAUUGCUAAAGUUAACAGAUUAAGGAAGUUGAGAAAGGAAGAGGAUGAGAGUUUAAUUUCUGGUUCAGAGUAUGUGUCAAGAUUGAGGGCUCAACAUGCUAAGCUUAACCCGGGCACAGAAUGGGCUCAACUUGAUAGGAAAGCAAGGGGUGAUGGGUUCUCUGAUGAUGAAUCAUCGGAUGAAGAAAAUCAGGCAGUACUAGCCCGUGGCUACAAGGAUGUUGAAGGUGUUGAUGAUCUUCUCAGAAGCAAUGAGGAUGUUGUUGUGAGAAGCAGUGCUAAAUUGUUGCCGGGACUUCUUGAAUUUUCAAGACUUGUAGAUGCGAAUGCACAAGAGCCAUCUAAGGGUCCUAUAAAUUCUGUGCAGUUUCACAGAAAUGCUCAGCUGUUACUUACUGCUGGAUUAGAUCGAAGGCUUAGAUUUUUUCAAAUUGAUGGCAAAAGAAAUACUAAAAUUCAGAGCAUCUUCCUUGAGGAUUGUCCCAUUCGAAAGGCUUCUUUCAUGCCUGAUGGGUCUCAGGUCGUUAUAGCAGGGAGGAGGAAGUUCUUCUAUACUAUGGAUUUAGUGAAAGCAACAGUUGAUAAGAUAGGCCCACUGGUUGGUAGAGAAGAAAAAAGCUUGGAGUUUUUUGAGGUUUCUCCUGAUUCUAACACGAUUGCAUUUGUGGGCAAUGAAGGUUAUAUCUUGUUGGUCUCAUCUAAAUCAAAAGAAUUGAUUGGGACACUAAAGAUGAAUGGAACAGUUCGUUCUUUAGCUUUCGCUGAUGAUGGGAGGCAAUUACUGAGUUCUGGAGGGGAUGGGCAGGUUUAUCACUGGGAUCUGAGAACAAGAUCUUGCUUACACAAGGGUGUUGAUGAAGGUUGCCUAAAUGGUACAGCUCUAUGUACAACUCCAAAUGGAUCAAUGUUUGCAGCUGGUUCAGACAGUGGAAUCGUCAAUAUUUAUAACAGAGAUGAGUACUUGGGGGGGAAGAGAAAGCCUAUGAAGACCAUUGAGAAUCUAACCACGAAAGUAGAUUUCAUGAAGUUCAACAAUGAUGCUCAAAUCUUGGCUAUAUCUUCUAGCAUGAAGAAGAACAGCUUAAAGUUGGUACAUGUUCCAUCGUUUACUGUAUUUUCGAACUGGCCUCCACUGAAUAGGAACCUCCAGUAUCCCCGCUGCUUGGAUUUCAGUCCCGGUGGAGGGUUCAUGGCCAUGGGAAAUGCUGCUGGGAAAGUGUUGUUAUACAAAUUGCAUCAUUAUAAUCACGCUUAGAUCAUCAGAGAGGAUGCAAUCCAUUUAUGGUUACAGCUGAGAAAGCCAAGCCUAUUUGGAAGAGAAGCAAUAUCUUCUUAUGUCACCUUCAUACUGCUCUCAUGGCAACAACUUUGAACCAAAAUUUGCCUUGAACAGGUGUAAAGGUAAAGGUUUCUUGAUGACUCCAGACAGUCCCUAGAGCUGCAUUUUUAGUUACUGUUUAUGUAUUGGAGUGGAGCACCAAAUUUGGCUGCGAUAGAAAUUUUGUUCCGUUAUCUUGAUAAUGUAAAACUGAGGUUUCAUAUUUGCGAAUCUAAUUGUAGUAUCAGUUUUUGUUACAGAA